AUGGAACCAAAGGGCUUUACAGGAGCCCCAUUUGGCUCUCAAGCAGCCAGAUUUGAUGUAGCAGCGAUUUAUCCAGAUGUCAAGAAACCUAGUACCUUCCUGCAGGCCCCUUACUCCAAAUCUGUCUGCUCAGACUUGAACCGAAGAUUGGGACCUGGCACUUACAGCGUUGACUGUGGAGGCUUCAGUUCCAUUGCUCUACAGAAACUCUCAUUCUCCAACUGGGCAAAAGCACAGGAAGCAACAAGGCUCACUCAAAUGCCACAUUUUAAUUUUAAGGAGAUAUGCAAGAAAGGGAAACUCCUGAAACAGAAACUGGGCCCUGGUACUUACAACUAUACAGAUUUUCUGGAACUCCAGAAGUGUCGUCCAUGCAGCAUUAAAGGAGUUUGUGACACAGGAGAAGUGAGGUUUAAAGAUCGCAUCAGGGAGUGUUACCCUGGCCCAGGAACGUAUGGGAAUCCUUAUACUCGCCUAGAGGAGAAUGAAAAACGCUCUGUGACUGCACUGGGAAUAAUGGACAGCAAAACUGCAAAAUGCUUCCCCUUUCCCAACAUGGGAAGUGGUUUGGGGCCUGGCACGUAUAAUCUCAAAAACAGUAUGGACGAGAUGCUGAAACGUGUGGUCAGCACAAGAGGUCCCUAUGACACCUUCACAGGAGACAGGUCAAAACCUAUUAUUUGUGGACAUCGUGCUACCGAAAAAACUACUGUUGAGUUGGGAAAGGGCAGGAUUAAAAGCUUCCUGGAAGAACUGGAAUCAAAGGAGAAAAAGAAACAUGGCAUGUUCAGCAGCCUUGUUCGGAACCCUGCUUGCCCCUCUGAACGGAUCUUCUGGGCGGCUGUUGGCCAGGGUCCACAGGUGGCAAUCAUACCAGGGCCAGGAUCAUAUGACCUAAAGCCUAUUAAGCGAUCUGAAUUUGAAAACCAACCACCAUUCUGGAUUGGCGCAAAACGAUUUGACCGGAAAGCAUACCGACUCUUUUUUGGAAAUGCUAACCCAGUUGGUGUUGGACGCUAUGAUAACACAAAGCAUGAGAAAUACCCAAAGAAGAUCAGAUACCGCUCACUUUACAUGAAUGAGGCACAGCGUUACCUUAGUAACUUGGAAAGAGACAAGUGCCUACAGGAGCGGAUCACUCCUGUUAAUAAAGGCCAGCAUACCUCUGAAUCAUUGCUACUUCCUGAAACCAAUGACAGUUAA